UCCGACGUGUAUGUGGCGUGUGAGUUUAACUGCCAGUCGCUACAGCUCUACGACUAUAUUAUAAUACCUAUUCAUACUAUUAUCAUUUAUCAUCAAUCAAAUUGCGAUCGUAAGAAAUCGAUAAUAAUAUUACAUCGUAAAAUAAUAGUCAUAAGUCCGAUUGUGGUGCGCGUAACGAUUUUGAUUAUUAAUCGUUGUACCGAAAAAAAAAUGUUUAUUACAAUUUGAUAUUACGUGCGGUAUUCGGUACUUUAAUUCCACCAUAUACCCAAAUUUUAUUAUAUUAUAAGUAUAAAUAAUAUAAUAUUACAGUUUUGUACUCUCCGGGUCGACACCGAAAUGAACGUUUGACCGGAUGAGGAAAAAUGUGCGCAUGCGGCGAGUGUUAAAUAAUAUCAUAAUAUUUAUUAUAUUAUACGAGUAUACAAUUUCAUCAUUCAUCAUUGACACCGCGAUCAAACGAAUUAUUCUGUCUUUCGGCCGAUUGAAGGAACAUUACUAUAUUUCUAAUCACUAUGGAAACAAUAUUUUCCUCUUCUGGCCAGUACAACACUAACAGCAUGGACACGAACGAAUUCCACGAAAACGAUAAAAGUUUUUGGGAAAAAUGUGUGUGGAACAUAAAGAAUAGACCUUUGGUAUUUCUUUUAAUAUUACUAUUGGUCGUCUCGGUAGUUGGAGCGUUAUUGUACUUCACCACAGACAUAUUCAAUAAACCUCAAGCAAUAAAAUACGAACCAUUAGAGUUUCAACGACUUAUCACCGGUGACUACGAACCUAAUCUGUUCAACGGGACAUGGGUCCAAGGUGACGAAAUAUUAAUGAAAGAUGACAAAGGAGAUAUUGUACUGUUCAAUGUGAAGAAUUUGAACACGAUAGUCUUGGCAAAUGCUACUGCAAGGAAUGUCGGAAACUGCUUCCAAUACGAUCUCUCUGCCGACAAGCAAUACCUUCUUUUGGCUUAUCGCUACAAAAAGGUUUACAGGCACUCGUUUACAGCUUUCUACGAUAUUAUCGACGUUAAUACGGGAGAACAAUUCACGUUGCAAAAUGGAGACUCAGCAAGUCCGUGGGAUUUGCAGUUGGCCAAGUGGUCACCCGUCGGUCACAGUUUGGCGAUCGUGGAUCAUAACAACAUAUAUUACAUAAAAGACGUUAAUAACCUGACGAGCACCGUACAGUUAACAWUCACAGGUGGCUCGGAAUUGUAUAAUGGCAUUCCUGACUGGGUGUACGAGGAGGAGAUAUUUAGUUCAAACAGUGCCACGUGGUUUUCGAAGAAAGGGACCAGAGUGGCGUAUGCGUCGUUUAACGACUCGUUGGUGCCCAUGAUGCAAAUCCCCGUGUACGGUUUCCCAGGAAACCUGGCUUAUCAGUACCCUAGUAUUGUCAGUAUUCACUACCCAAAGGUCGGCGUUCCCAACCCAAAAGUAGAAUUGUUYGUACAACGCCUGGAUGUAAUUGGUGAUAAACCUGAACCCAUACGCAUUGAGCCACCGAAAGAGCUGACAUCAGUCACUAGAAAUAUCAUUCUAAAUACGGUGGUAUGGUCAGAUGAUACAAACUUAUUUGCUAUGUGGAUGAACCGUAUACAGAACAAGUCAUAYUUAGUUCACUAUUCUGUGGUCGAUUMUGCAGAAAGUAUUAACGUAGUGACUUUUGCUCAACCUGGGGGAUGGUCGGACUUCACACAAAUACCAUUGGUUGGUGACGGACACCGUCUGGCUAUAAUUUUUCCCACGAGACAAUUAAACGGAGAUGAUUUCAGGCACUUGGUCGUGGUGGAACCCGAUGGAAAACUCACUCCAAUAACAAGUGGCAAGUUCGAAGUUCUCGAACUGCUCAAAUGGGAUGUCCAGUCAAAUUACAUUUACUAUUUGGCCAACACGGAAGAAAAUCCCGAAGAAAAGUACCUGUAUAGGGUGUUGGUUAAAGAACAAAAUUCACCAGAAUGUAUAUUAUGCCAGACGGAAUGUAAAAAUCACAAAGCGGAGAUGAGUGCGGAAAACGAUUAUUAUGCACUCAUAUGCUCUGGUCCAAACAUACCAGAAGUCAAAAUAUUCAAAACGGUCGACGAAAGCUCGGACAUCAAGUAUCCUCUGUUGGUCAACACUUAUGCUGGUCCUGGAUCAAAUUUGGCUAUCAACAAGUUUUCGUUGGAAUGGAACAUGUUUUUUAGUUCAAGCAAAAAUGUGAUUGUCGCUCAAAUCGACGGUCGUGGGUCUGGAAGAAGGGGUAAUAGAAACAUGUUUGCAAACUACCUAAAAUUGGGUACCUACGAAAUCGAAGACCAGAUAUUCGUCACGAGCUGCUGUGGCAAUGGCAGGACUUAUCCAGAUGAAUCGCAUGGUCUAGUGAGCGUUCGCAAUCACGUGUAUCAMACAAUAGGAUCAUAUUUAUUUGAUUGUUUCCACGACAGAUUGUGAUCUCAAUAGCGACAAUAGCUAUAAUUAUUAAGUACAGACAUUGUAUAACUUUUCUGAAACCAUUUAUUAUUGUUAUAUAUUUUGAAUUAUUAUAAUAUUAUUUGUUCUCGUUUCAAUAAGUGAAACAUCAUUCA